AUGUCUCUAUCUCCCUUUCCCUCUCUAUUACUGUCUAUGUAUCUUGUUCUCUCUCCCUUUCCCUCUCUAUUACUGUCUAUGUAUCUUGUUCUCUCUCCCUUUCCCUCUCUAUUACUGUCUCUGUAUCUUGUUCUCUCUCCCUUUCCCUCUCUAUUACUGUCUAUGUAUCUUGUUCUCUCUCCCUUUCUCUUUCUAUUACUGCCUAUGUAUCUUGUUCUCUCUCCCUUUCUCUCUUUAUUGCUAUGUAUCUCUCUCUCCCCCUUUCCCUCUCUAUUACUCUCUAUGUAUUUUUCUCUUCCUUUCUUUCUCUAUUACUCUCUAUGUAUCUCUCUUCCUCUCUGUAUUGCUCUAUAUGUAUCUCUCUCUCUCCCUUUCCCUCUCUACUGCUGUCUGUGUAUCACUCUCUUUCCUUUUCCCCUCUCUAUUGCUGUCUAUGUAUCUCUCCCCUCCUUCUCUCUCUCUCUCUUGCAGGUAAAACUUCCAUGGUUCCCCUUUCCUUUUUUAUUUUGUUUCAUUUUGUCUGUCUUUCUUUCUUCUGCUCUUUCAAGUAGUCUGUCUCUCUCUUUCACAAUUAAUCUCUUUUUAUCUCUCUCUCAAGCAGUCUUGUCUCUUUCUAUCUUUCACUCUCUUUCUCAAGGAAUCUGUCUCGUUCAUUCAUCUCUCUCUCUUUCUGUUUCUCAAUUUUGUCUUUCUUUCCAUCUCUCACUCAAGCAAUCUUGUCCCUCUUUGUCACUAUUUCUCUUUUGUCCCUUCAAUACUUGA